AUGAUUACUUGGCUAUGGAUAUUCUUCGCCGCCAUCAUUUUGGUUGCAAAUGGUUCAGAAAACCAGGACACUGAUCAGUGUGGUAAAGAAGAAAAAUCGUCGACUCCUCCCACAACCACAACGAUAGACGCGACAACCACAGAGCAUCAUGAAACUGAUCCGUGUGACGAAGAAGAAGAACCAUCAACUCCUCCCACAACCGUACCAACAACUCCUUCUACGUCUCAAAAGGCUACAACACAAUCGACUUCUACUACUAGAACUAGUACGACUACACAGACUACUCCUACAUCUACAACCACGCUGGCAGUUUGCCCUACCGACGAUAACCGUUAUACUCCCAUCAUAAGGAAAAAUGGUUAUUGGUGCGCCUUUUCAAGAACCCGAGCAUGUCCACAAACUAAUUUAAAGUCAUUGGAGAGAAAUUCGGACUUGAAAUGGGCAAAGUUAUCCCCAAAACACUCCCGUGUCACGUUCAAUCAGCCUACUUCUCGUGAUGUUGUACCAUUGCCAUAUAGUGAAGGGGUCGAGCAAUGCAGUUUGCUUGGAGCUGAGAUGGCUAGCUUGGAAACUGAAGCAGAAUCUAUACUUUGGGCAAACUUAGUACGGCGUCUUUCUCUUGCGUCUUACCCCAUCUCUGGUUUUUGGGUCAAAUCUGAUUACAAUGCUACAAGCGAAAGAUGGUACUGGAGCGAUGGUCAAGCUGAUCCGAACAUUGAUCCACAGCCAACAGUAAGAGACCCAAACGGAAAAAUUGCCGCGUUCGUAGGCUCAGACCCAGACACGCCUGCCACACUGGAAGUUGUUUCCCAAAGAGGCACGGGUCCCGGAGUCGUUAAUACGGUCUUAUGUGGCGUGCCUGGAUUGCAGUUUUCCUAG